AUGACGUUGCGCAGAACCUCCAGCAGCUCCUCCGACGUGCUAGUGACUACAGAAGGCCCAGAGCGUGUUUCUAGACGAUGCUAGUAGGAGUUACGCGUAAACACCCAGCCUUUUAUCAGUAUUAAUCAGUUGCGCGUCAGGAUGAUUAUAGAAAAUGUUGACGCUCUGAAAUCCUGGCUGUCUAAACUUCUUGAACCCAUAUGUGAUGCUGACCCAUCUGCACUGGCAAACUACGUUGUGGCGUUAGUAAAGAAGGAUAAACCAGAGAAAGAACUCCGAGCAUUGUGUGCGGAUCAGUUGGACGUUUUCCUUCAGAAAGACACUACAGGGUUUGUCGAUAAACUCUUUGAAUGUCUAUCCACCAAAAAUUAUUUGGGAAAUCCAGCUGCUAAAGAAGAGGGUAAAAUCCCAGUGCAGAAGCUUGAGGAGAAGGAAGAGACGAGUCAUGUUGAAGAUGAUCGGGAUAACAAAAGAAGAAGAAGCCCAUUAAGGAAUCGUUCUGACUUAAAUGAAUCAAGGGCUAGAGAUGACCGCAGGAGAGACGACCGUAAGCGGCGGGAACUGGACCGUCACGGAAAGAGCGGAGAAUCAUACCGAGACCGACAUGAGUGGCGAGGAGGAAGCUCACGGGGGAGAAGCUACAGUCGAAGCAGGAGUCGUAGCCGCAGUAGCAGCCGUGGAAAGAGCCGAGAAAGAGAGCACAAUCAGAGGAGAGCAGAGCACAGAUCCAAAUUUGAGCAGGAGCGGAAGGACACAGAGCCUUACAACCCAUCCUCUGCCCACAUGGGUAACCCACACCACCAGCAGCCCCAUCCACCCCCCCUGCUCCCUCUGCCUCUGCCUCUUCCUCAGCACCAGUUCCCCUCCUCAGGGAGCCCCGCCGUCCCCAACGUCGUAACCGUGGUAGCACCGGCUCACCUGCCCGACAGCACUACAGAGAGCUGGUCCACAUACUUCACCAAGCACACAGAUGGCAAGACGUUCAACAAGAGCAGCAUGCUUAAACAUCGCUGCAGAGACUACGACGAGAAAGGGUUUUGCAUACGAGGCGAUCUCUGUCCUUUUGACCACGGUAAUGACCCUCUGAUCGUGGAUGACGUCACGCUUCCUACCAUGAUCCCGUUUCCACCCCCACCAGGCCUGCCCCGGAUGCCCAUGCUGCCUAUGACAGAGCCUCCUCCUGGCAUGCCCAUGCCGCUGCCCCCUCCCCAUCCUCCUCCCCAUGGACAGCCUCCGCCUCCAGGCAUCUACCCCAUGCCAGGGCCUCCUCUAAUCCCAGCUACUAGGAUAGACACUCCACCCCACUCCAGAACCAGCACCUCUUCCCCUUUGGCCCUGCCUGGAGUGAGACCUCCUCUUCCACCACCACCACCACCACCUCCUUCCUCUUCUUCCUCCACUUCUGCCUCUCUCCACCCUCAGUACACUCUCUCUGAAUACAGCUAUGACCCUGAGGCCUAUAACCCAGAGUCUCCAGGACUGACCGGGCCAGGCAGAGCUCAGUACCGCCAUUUCAUCCCUCGCAUCCAGACGCAGAGACCCAACCUCAUCGGCCUCACCUCUGGAGAUGGACAAAACUCCCGAGCGGCUAACAUAGUAAUCCAGACAGAGCCAUCCGUCACGAGAGUGUCGAGCGGCGAGGUGAGGUACAGCUCUGAGCAAGAGAACAGGAAGAGAUGUCUGCCAACUACAGACGGACCACAGGUCAAAAAACCCUGGAUGGAAAAACAACAUUUCAAUAACCAGCAUAAACCCACCUUCCCCAAAAAGAACCAUUAUGUAAACACCAAACUAGAGGUCCGCAAAAUCCCCCGGGAGCUCAACAACAUCACCAAACUCAAUGAGCACUUCAGCAAGUUUGGAACGAUAGUCAACAUCCAGGUGGUGUUCGGGGGCGACCCUGAGGCGGCAUUGAUCCAGUAUACAGCUAAUGAUGAGGCUCGGAGGGCCAUCUCCAGCACCGAAGCCGUUCUGAAUAACCGCUUCAUCAGAGUGUACUGGCAUAGAGAGGCCACAUCUAACACACAGGAACAGGGACCCAGUCAGAGCACAAACCCUGGACACCAACAUCCCACAACACACAAGGUCAUUAAUAAGCAGCACACAGCAGGAUCUUACGUGCUGAAUAAUAAAACCUUCCCUAAACAGCAGACUGCCACAGGAGCCGCAGGCACCACGGGCGGCACUGAACCUACCAGCCCAAGCCAGGAACCUUCAGUGGGUUUGACAGCACCUUCAAGUUUAGCGAAGGGUCCGUUCUCACGCACAGUGUUGAAAACUGCAUCAAAAUCAUUGGGAAAAACGGCCAAAGCACUGGAGGCUCAGGAGGUUUUGAAAAAGAAGCAGGAGGCGCUGAAACUGCAGCAAGACAUGAGGAAGAAGAAACAAGAAAUGCUUGAAAAACAGAUCGAAUGUCAGAAGGUGCUGAUAAACCACCUGGAAAAGAACAGAGGGAUGAAGCCAGAGGAGAGAGCCAACAUCAUGAAGACUCUCAAGGAACUGACAGAAAAGAUCUCUCAGCUGAAGAAUGAGAUCAGCCCCACCUCACAAGCUACUGCCAACAGCACACAAACAAAGUCAAAAACAGACGCACAGAAAGAGUUGCUUGACGCAGAGUUGGACUUCCAUAAGAAGCUGACGUCAGGAGAAGACACCACAGACCUGAAGAGGAGGUUGGGUCAGUUGCAGGUGGAGGCAACAUGGUUGGGAUUGAUCCCAGCUGGGCGGGGCAAGCCACCAGCAGCACCAAGUCGAGGCAGAGGGAGGGGCCGAGGGCGGAGCCUGAGGGGGCGUGGAGGAGGCAAUCACAUGGUAGUAGACCACCGGCCUCGAGCCCUCGCUAUCAUUGGCGUCACACAGGAAGAGAAGGAGGAGCUCAUGCCGCAUUUCGUGAAAUUUGGCGAGAUUGAGGAGCUUCGUGACCAUGAUGCUACCAGUGUCGUGAUGACCUUCAAAACCCGAAGUGAAGCGGAAAACGCUGCAAACCAAGGGGCGAAGUUCAAAGGUCGAAUUUUACAGAUCUCAUGGUACAAACCCAAAACUCCAUCCGUGUCCACUGAACCAGAAGAGGAAGAGUCAAAGGAAGUGGUCAACGCCGCAGGAAUUCAUGUAAUGACGGAGCCAGUCAGCCCCUUUCUGCUUCCAGAGGAAGAGGAAGAAGAUGAUGACGAAGAAGAUGAAUAUGAGAGCCGCUCAUGGAGGCGAUGAGGAAGGGGAAACGGCACCACUUUUUGUUCAAGGACUCUCAUUUUUAGUUUCUGUUUGUGAAUUCUAAUUUAAGUAUAUUUGAUUGAAUAAGACAAAGAGUCUUUUUUUUUAAAUGGUUUUCAGUAUUUUGAGAAUUGGAAAAAAUGAAACGGCUAAUGGCAUUCUCCAUACGGGAGAAUAUAAGAGAAUGUGAGACGUCUGUGGGGACUUGCAGUGUUUCUGUCACUGAAAUCUCUGAAUUAUAUAUAUCAAACUCUCACUUUUGCUGAGAGUGAAUGCAAAAUGUUUCAACUAGGAAACAUUUUGUUUCACUGUGCAUGACCAGAUAUCAGUAACUCACAACAUUUGUGCCAUUUUGGCCUGUGGUAGAAAUUCUCCUGAUGGACGCACUCAUUUGGAAUUGUUCCCAUUAAAGGCAUCUCUUUCCGUUGUUAAGAAACGAUAUACCCCAAUGAUGUCAAACCCUUUCAAAACACUUGUAUCUGCUCUCUAAAGUUUAGGCAAUAUACAUAUCCCCAGGUGGAUUAUUUUUCCUCCUCCUCAAGAUUAAUGUGCCACUUCCUGUAAAUAUAGACUCUAUGUGUGGCAUACUUCAUGUUGGUCAGUGUGUCCGGCUGUUCAUAUUUAUUUCUCACGUCUAUGUGAUGUUCCAAAACCAAAAAGAGAUUUGGAUGAGGGUCACAGAAAAUUAUUAUUGUUAAUUGAGGUAACAUAUGAACAGAGGUGUUGUGAAUGUAUUCAGAAUUGAUUUACACUUCAUUUACGCCUUAUAUCGUCAGUGUGCAGCUGACGUUUUAUGAGAUUUGUAUUUUUUAUUUUUAUUUUUUUGUGUGUAUAUUUUGUAAAUGGUUGCAGUAGUAAUGACUGUUCUCUUCAUUAUUUUAGCCAUUAGAAUGAAUGAAUCGCUGAACGAAUCACAUUCAUGACUCUUAGAGGCCUAUUUAGUGACCGUGUGACUUAAACUAAACAUCAUGCUGUUUUUUUUUUUUAAUGAUCUUGUAUGAUUACACUAUACUUUGAAGAUUAUUUUUUUUGUUGUCUUAUAUGACACUCCACUCGUUUCAAAAGCCUGGUCCUCCAGAAAUGGGUAUAAAAAAAGUACCAUUUCUGUAACCUUAAAUAUGAUCCAAUAGCAUGCCUGCGUCUGUAUGUGUGUGUUCAUUUGGAAAAAAGAAAAUAUAUGUACGAAUGCAUAUAUAUUUUUUUAAUAAUCAUAUUUACAUACUUUGCUAAAACAAUUAAGAUAUAAGUUUAUAGUUCCUUUUAAUGAAGGACCAGUGUAAAGCUUUGAGACUUUAUUAUAUAUACUGUUGAUGUGACAUUUAAUAGCACGUUACUAUGCCGUUUGAAUCCAAACAUUCAGUGAUAUACCUGUUUGCCCCACUCUUUCCGAUUGAUUGUACAAUAUGUUAUCAAUAUCCACAAUGGUUCAGUUUCUCAGUAACUCAUAUAAGGUCUGGCAGGUCUUAAUGUUGGUUUUGUACACAAGUCUAAUAGGAAGACUUGGGACUGUGUGAAUUUAAAGAAUGGAUUUUGAUCAUUUGUACAACAGAUUUACUACAUCACAUUAGUGCAAUGUCAUACAUUUAGCAUAAAUAGAUUUUGACUUUAUUACUGUUUGAAAAUUGAAAAAUCUAUGGAUGUAUUUUUCAGUUCUUUGUUUGUAAAAUGGAUUUCUAACAGCUGCAUGUUUGCUAAUCAAUAAAGAUGUUGGAAUGGGGGUGAGCAAGAGGAAUAUAAAGAAAAAAAGAUUGUUCCAAUUGGCCUAAAAUAAAAUGAUUUGCAACAAACAAAA